AUGAAAGUUGAUGAUUUUUUAAAUCCAGAGAAUGAAAAUGUAAUUGAUAAACAGUUCAUAGAUGAGAAAAUUGUUGACCUUGUUUGUAGUUCAAAAGAAACCAAAGGAAAUGACAUAAAAAAUGAGGAUGACAGCUUAGAACUUUUGCCAGUAUCAAUUAAAGAAAUAACAGAAUUACUUGACAUAUUAGUACAUUUCUUUUUAAGUCAGGAAGAUAAUUAUUCAAAAGAAUUUAAUAGUUUAAUGAAAAUUCAACAUGUAUUGAGAAUAUUGAAGUUAGAAAUGUGA